UUACCGAUGUCGUCUCGUUUUUUCGACGUCUCUCGUUUUCACUGUCGUCUCGUUUUUUAAAUGGCAUUCCAUAACUUCUUCGACGCGAUGAUUUUGUAACAGAUUUUAAAACGAUGAAAAAGUAACAAACAUCUGUCAAAAUCAAAAGAAAUUGAAAUAAAGUUUCAAUAAAAAAUCAUUGUUUAGAGCUCGAAUGCGGUUUUAUUGAUUUAUUGGGACCUAAAUAAAGAGGAUAUUAAAAUGAUAAGUAUCGAAAUGUAUUACAGCACAAGUAGUGAAAGUGAAGAUGAAGAGGAAAGAAUUCUGAAAGAAAAAUUUAUUAUAAGAAGAAAACAGAUACGGCACAACUCAAAUCCAUUCGACUUGCCUGAUUCAAAAUUCAAGCAGUUCUUCAGACUGACAAAAGAAGCAUUUAAGUAUUUGUUGGAUGAAAUAAGUGAUAAAAUAAGCAUUCGACAUUGUUCAUCAUCAAUUCCAAUUAUAUUGAGGCUCGCAGUCACCUUAAGAAUUUUAGCUGAAGGAAGUUACCAACACGGCGCCGGGAAUGACUUUAAUUUGGGAUUAGCUCAACCAACAGUUAGCAAGUUUUUAAAAGAAAUUAUCAAUGUCAUAGAAAGACAUAUUUGCCCCAAAUGGAUUCGCUUCCAAAUGACACCGGCUGAAAAAUCAGAAGCGAAGCUAUCCUUUUUUAAUAAGACGGGAUUUCCUGGUGUCAUCGGAUGUAUUGAUGGCACACAUGUGCGAAUAUUCACGCCCAAAAAAGAAUUCCAACACUCUUACUACAACAGAAAAGGUUUCUAUAGCCUCAAUACGAUGUUGAUUUGCGAUCAUAAAAUGCGUAUUCGGUAUGUUGAUGCAAGACAACCAGGAGCUAGUCACGACGCAAUGGUUUGGAGCUUAAGUGAAGUAAGGGGAAUGCUGCAAGAUAACUUCAAUAGUGGUGAAACAAAUAGUUGGCUUUUAGGUGAUGCAGGAUACCCACUCGAACCCUUUUUAAUUACUCCUUUUCGAUCCACGCAAGAAGGAAGCCCUGAAAGUGUUUUCAACUUAAAGCACGCUUUGACAAGAAAUAUAGUCGAAAGGACGAUUGGUAUUUUAAAAAAUCGGUUUCGUUGCCUUCUCAGCGCACGACAGCUGCAUUAUAGUCCCGAAAAAGGAACACAAAUUGUGAAUGUUUGCUGUGCUUUACACAACAUUGCAAUCAAUUACGGAUACAUAACAGAUGAAACAGAAACAAAUCUGUCAGACGAUGUAGAAGUCGAAAACAGUAUUCAGGACUUUAGUGACAAUAACACUACAGAAGCUAGAAUAAGAAACCAAAUAAUGAAUAUAUUCGUUAAUUCAUAAAUUUUCUUUUAUUAAAAACUAAAUAAACAUU